AUGUUGUCAAGCAUUGUUAAAGAGCACCAAAAUAAACAAGCUGCUAAGAAAGAAUCACAAGAACAAAAACGCAAAGAAGCGGUUCGAGCGGCUAAUAAUUUAACACAAGCAUUGGUUGAUCAUCUAAAUGUUCGUGUUGCACAGGCAUAUUUGAACCAGCGAAAAUUAGAUGCCGAAGCUAAACAACUGCAACAAUCAGCAACGGCAUUUGCAAAACAAACACACUUAUGGUUGAAUUUAGUCGAAUCAUUUUCAAGUGCAUUGAAAGAAAUUGGUGAUGCAGAAAAUUGGGCACAGAGUAUUGAAGGUGAUAUGAGAACGAUAGCUACCGCUUUGGAGUACUCUUACAAAGCCAGCCAAGAUGCCCAUGGAUCGAACGUUAAUUAA